GAACCAGCUGAUUUGUGUCUGAUGCUGAUGUAAAUGUCAUAAUUUUGUGAAGGUUGUUGUUUGAUUAUUAUUUUAAAACCACUUAAUAUUAAAAAAUAUAAUUAGAUUUUACUUUAUAAAGCUUAUAUCGUUUUAUAGGGAUAUGUGAUUUGUUAAUAAAAGUAUUAUUUUUCGUUUAAAUUACUUGUAAAUGACACAAAAUGGAUUAUUUGAUAUAAAGAGAAAUGACGCAGUUUUAUAAUAAACCAAUUUUUUGUUAACAAUUUCAAGGAUAUAGUUAAUUAUUUUUAAUUGCAAUAAUGUCGGAUUCACCUACAAAUUCCAGUACUGAAUUAUACAUAGGUCCUGCUAAGGUCUUACCUAGACACAUUAACGAUCCAACAAUCUUAGAUAGCGUUGCGGGUUUUAUAAAUGAAGUGGUUCCGACAUCUCACACUGGAUCUCAUGAUAUUAAAGAUCAAAUACAAUGGGCCAAAUUUGAAAAUAUAGAAAGCGAAAAUCCCGCAGUUUUUCAAGUCGGUACUUAUAUUAGUACUGUACCAUCAACUCUGAUUUUAAUAUUAGGAUAUACAACUGGAAUACAGGUUUGGGCGGUUCCGGCGAAUGGGGAAGCAACUGAAAUUUUAUCUUGGAGACACGGUUUCGUAAAAGCUAUAAAAUUUUUGCCCGUGCCGUAUAUAGUAGGUAAUUCAACCAAAAAGGAUUUGUUUGAGUCGAAAAGACCUCUGCUAGCUGUCUGUGAUAGUUCAUCAGCCGGACCUCAAUUUAGUUCUUUAAAUUUCGUUUCACUGUUGACGGGUGAACAGGUUAAGGUUAUAAAAUUCAAAAAUCCAGUGAUAGACGUCUUGGCGAAUAAACAAUUUAUUGUCGUCAGUUUUCAAGAAAAGAUAGCCGUGUUCGAUGCUUUCACUCUUGAAGAUCACACGACGGUUACAACUUGCUAUUUGAGUCCCGGUGUCAACCCCAAUCCCAUAUCACUAGGUACGAAUUGGUUAGCGUACGCUGAGAAAAAAUUGAAUCUAUCGAAAAAGAGUUGUGGGGGAAUGCAUGGAGAAGGUGUACAGAGUUACACAGCGACUGUAAUUCAUGCUGCGAAAUCUUUGGGCAGGGGUCUUCGGGAAUUGGGAGAAAGCGUCGCUAGCAGUUUAACGGGAACGAAUACUUAUAAACCGGGUACUUCCCCGAACAGUCCUCAAGCCGGAGGACAAUUAGACGUUCCGCACAAAGGAAUAGUCACCGUACUCGAUAUAUCGAGCCCGAAUUUGCAUUCGAUGGAAAGAUGUUUCGCUUCGGGGGAUCCGGUUGUGGCGCAUUUCGCCGCACAUACCGAAGCCGUUGUGGCGCUGCAGUUCGACCCGAGCGGCAUGCUUCUUCUAACCGCCGAUAAAAGGGGACACGAUUUUCAUUUGUUCAGAAUUCACCCCCAUCCCGGUAGCUCCGUUUUGGGGUCCGUACACCACUUGUACAUUUUGCAUAGGGGCGAUACUUCGGCUCGGGUGCAGGACGUGGCUUUUACGCACGAUUCGAGAUGGGUUUGUGUUAGUACGCUUAGAGGUACUACGCAUGUUUUUCCAGUAACGCCGUAUGGGGGUAAUGUGGGUAUGAGGACGCACGCCACCAUGCACGUCGUUAAUAAGAUGUCGAGGUUUCAUAGGUCUGCAGGUCUAUCUGUAGACGGAAGAUCAAACAGCCCCAUAUCAAUGGCGGAAUCGCCGAGUAAUUCACGUUACCCGCAUUACAACCCAAGAUUUCCACCAUAUCCUCACCCUACCGUCGUCAACCCCCUAGCCCAAAUCAGACCGCCGGCCAUUCUCCAAAACGCCGUUAAUACUCCCUCAAGAACCCAAACCGGUCGUCAAAGGAUACCGUCUUCAUCCGAGGAAACCGUAUCGUUGAGGAUAGUGAGUUGUUUCGGCGCGCCAAGGGCUCUACUAGACGUCAAUCGCGACAACGCCCUAAUAAGAAACCCCAAACCGGUCGAUUCCCUCUUCAUAAUGUCCUGUCACGGUAUCCUCGUUCAAUACGAUCUCGAUCCGCACCAACAAUCCAACAUACCGAAGGAGAGGGUUUCCAGCGACACCCCCAUCGAGCUCAGAGUCGCCGCCAAAGCGCAGUGGUUGUUACAAAGGAAAAACAACGGGGUGGAAUUGGUACCGCCGAUGACGAAGGACAAUCUGGCUUAUAUAAAAACGGAGGAGAAACGUUGGAAGAAAAAUCAUCAGCCCGAUUGUAACGACGAACAAUGGCUGUCGCAAGUGGAGAUAAUGACGCACGCCGGACCGCACAGGAGACUUUGGAUGGGGCCUCAAUUUACGUUCAAGACCUACAAAACCAUCGCCGGAUCUCCUUUAUCGGUGGGGGAAUCCCAACCGAUCGAUGUGCGUUACACUAAACCGAUAAAUAUGCCGAUCACAAACGCCAAUCACGUUCUGAUCGAAUCCGGUUCGGCGUCCAGUUCCGAACAACAGUUGUUGGAGAAUUAUCAGAAGAGUUUGGAGGAAGGGGGCGGUAUCGGGGAGUUGAGGUUGAAGGAAGAUUUGGCGGACGCCAUGUUAGAAUCGCCCGGUAUUCGAGAUAUCGGUGGACGGUGCGUUAUUGUUCAAAUGAAACCAGCAGUCGCGAAGGUUGUGAAUCCGCUGGGCACCGUCGUUAACGUUCAAUCCGGCGACGAGCCCGUGGUAGAGGUAUUCGAAGAAACAAUUCACGAAAAUUGCGACGAAACGUUGUUCAGACCGAUUGUCGCGCCCAAAAUCAUACCCAAUAAAAAUAAAGUGUAUUACGAUGAAAAUAUUCUGACGAAAAGCUUGGAUUCCACGACCGAAGUAGCUGUUAAUAUUUUGAGAAAAUCUACGGACGGACAAACUCGAAAUGAGGAUUCGAAAAAUUCGAAAAACGAAACGGUAGCCGGCGGAAAAGUCGAACCGAUCUUUGAUCUAUCGGACCAUCGACCCCGAACAAAUUUAGAUGAAAUCGAAUAUAUAGAAAGGACCUUCGUGGAUUAUCCGUUGGAAAACGACGAUUUUUUCUCGUUGGAAAACUUGAAAGUCGAUCAUUUCCAAGAGGCCACCGAACCACCGCACUCGAACGAAAAUAAAAAACCGAAAAUGAACAGGAACAAUUUGGAAAACUUGUCGGAAAAUAAUUCGUCCGAAGAAAACGUCAUCGAGGAAAAAGUCGUCGCGAAACGCAACAGAAAACCCAAAACCAAAUUGGGCGUGAAAAUAGCGAGCGUCGUCAACAACGAAAAUACGAAUCCGGACAAAGUGACCGAUCCCCCCGCCGGAAUAACACUUCCGGCGCCGCCGAAAAAAUCCUGGAGCAGCAUCGCCGUUUCUAAACCGAAAACGAUAAUCGAUUGCCGCGACAUCGAUUCACAGAAAAUCGUUUUUGGGGUCGAGGAACAAUUUACGGUACAACUACCUAAAAAGACGCCUCCGAACAUAUCAGAUUUUAUCGAUAUAAACGUCAGCGAAGAUGAAAAAAUCGACACCGAUACGGACAAAGACAUUUUUUCGUUACCGGACGACGCGUUCUUAUCGACGUCCCACAAAUGUUCCGACGAAGAAAAGUGCGAUUUGAGUAGUUCGCCCGCGGAGGCUACCGAAAGCGACGAUUCGGGAAAAUUACCGAGCACCGCUUUCAUAGAGACUAAGAUAACGAGUACAUCGAAGAAUUCCAAAAAGAAAAAGAAGAAAAAGUAAAGUUAGCGGGGUCGCGGAAAGCUUUUGGCGGUGCGGUACGGGCGAACGUAAGGGAAUAAACAAUUUUUAAUAAUUGUUCAUCCCUGUAUAGAAAAAAUGUAAAUUAUUUUGAUAGUACUCAUAAGUACUAUAUUUGUAUCAUAUUUAACGGUGUUAAGGCUCUGCUGGACAUCCUGAGUACGGUUUCGAACCACGUGGUAAUGAUACAUCCGGUAUAUCACGACGACAUUAACUUUUUUUUUACCGCAUUUUUAGAAUCUCCAAUUAAUUCUUAUAUAACUUUUUUAUAUCUAAAAAAAAUCUUGUAGUCGAAUGUCUAAACAGUGUUGCCAAGUAGAUGAAUUUAAUAGUCGCGCGUAUGAUAAAAAUUUCCAAUUCCAUAGUCGUCUUAAUUAUUCAAAUGCCGACCCUGUUCCUUGCUCCGACAACAACAUCGUCAGCAAAUACUAACGAACAUUUGAGGGGAUUCAGCACAGUGUUGCCAAUAACACAGAGUUUUCGCUGCUUUUCGGACACGAAUUUUUACAACACAAAUCGAUUUAAAAAAAUUUUGAUUAAUUUUUUUUUUCUAAAUAAAUAACCGGUUCAAAUGAAAAUAAUUCAGUUUCUACAACAUUUGUAGGCCAGUAUUUUUAAAUUCUUCCGCCACAUUUAUCUGUCACUGACGUUUAUUCUUUUCUAAUUUUUGAUAAUUUCUAAAGUUGUCUCAUUUAUUCUAAUGCCGACCCUGUUCCUUGCGCCGACAACAACAAUUCAGUCAUCGUGAUUCCUAACGAACAUUUGAGGGGAUUCGGCACAGUGUUGCCAAUAACACAGAGUUUUCGCUGCUUUUCGGACACGAAUUUUUACAACACAAAUCGAUUUAAAAAAAAUUUUUUUUCUAAAUAAAUAACCGGUUCAAAUGAAAAUAAUUAGUUUCUACAACAUUUGUAGGCCAGUAUUUUUAAAUUCUUCCGCCACAUUUAUCUGUCACUGACGUUUAUUCUUUUCUAAUUUUUGAUAAUUUCUAAAGUUGUCUCAUUUAUUCUAAUGCCGACCCUGUUCCUUGCGCCGACAACAACAAUUCAGUCAUCGUGAUUCCUAACGAACAUUUGAGGGGAUUCGGCACAGUGUUGCCAAUAACACAGAGUUUUCACUGCUUUCCGGACACGAAUUUUUACAACACAAAUCGAUUUAAAAAAAUUUUGAUUAAUUUUUUUUUUUCUAAAUAAAUAACCGGUUCAAAUGAAAAUAAUUCAGUUUCUACAACAUUUGUAGGCCAGUAUUUUUAAAUUCUUCCGCCACAUUUAUCUGUCACUGACGUUUAUUCUUUUCUAAUUUUUGAUAAUUUCUAAAGUUGUCUCAUUUAUUCUAAUGCCGACCCUGUUCCUUGCGCCGACAACAACAAUUCAGUCAUCGUGAUUCCUAACGAACAUUUGAGGGGAUUCGGCACAGUGUUGCCAAUAACACAGAGUUUUCGCUGCUUUUCGGACACGAAUUUUUACAACACAAAUCGAUUUAAAAAAAUUUUGAAUAAUUUUUUUUUCUAAAUAAAUAACCGGUUCAAAUGAAAAUAAUUCAGUUUCUACAACAUUUGUAGGCCAGUAUUUUUAAAUUCUUCCGCCACAUUUAUCUGUCACUGACGUUUAUUCUUUUCUAAUUUUUGAUAAUUUCUAAAGUUGUCUCAAUUAUUCUAAUGCCGACCCUGUUCCUUGCGCCGACAACAACAAUUCAGUCAUCGUGAUUCCUAACGAACAUUUGAGGGGAUUCGGCACAGUGUUGCCAAUAACACAGAGUUUUCACUGCUUUCCGGACACGAAUUUUUACAACACAAAUCGAUUUAAAAAAAUUUUGAAUAAUUUUUUUUUCUAAAUAAAUAACCGGUUCAAAUGAAAAUAAUUCAGUUUCUACAACAUUUGUAGGCCAGUAUUUUUAAAUUCUUCCGCCACAUUUAUCUGUCACUGACGUUUAUUCUUUUCUAAUUUUUGAUAAUUUCUAAAGUUGUCUCAUUUAUUCUAAUGCCGACCCUGUUCCUUGCGCCGACAACAACAAUUCAGUCAUCGUGAUUCCUAACGAACAUUUGAGGGGAUUCGGCACAGUGUUGCCAAUAACACAGAGUUUUCGCUGCUUUUCAGACACGAAUUUUUACAACACAAAUCGAUUUAAAAAAAAUUUUUUUUCUAAAUAAAUAACCGGUUCAAAUGAAAAUAAUUCAGUUUCUACAACAUUUGUAGGCCAGUAUUUUUAAAUUCUUCCGCCACAUUUAUCUGUCACUGACGUUUAUUCUUUUCUAAUUUUUGAUAAUUUCUAAAGUUGUCUCAAUUAUUCUAAUGCCGAACCUGUUCCUUGCGCCGACAACAACAAUUCAGUCAUCGUGAUUCCUAACGAACAUUUGAGGGGAUUCGGCACAGUGUUGCCAAUAACACAGAGUUUUCACUGCUUUCCGGACACGAAUUUUUACAACAUAAAUCGAUUUAAAAAAAUUUUGAAUAAUUUUUUUUUCUAAAUAAAUAACCGGUUCAAAUGAAAAUAAUUCAGUUUCUACAACAUUUGUAGGCCAGUAUUUUUAAAUUCUUCCGCCACAUUUAUCUGUCACUGACGUUUAUUCUUUUCUAAUUUUUGAUAAUUUCUAAAGUUGUCUCAUUUAUUCUAAUGCCGACCCUGUUCCUUGCGCCGACAACAACAAUUCAGUCAUCGUGAUUCCUAACGAACAUUUGAGGGGAUUCGGCACAGUGUUGCCAAUAACACAGAGUUUUCACUGCUUUUCGGACACGAAUUUUUACAACACAAAUCGAUUUAAAAAAAUUUUGAAUAAUUUUUUUUUCUAAAUAAAUAACCGGUUCAAAUGAAAAUAAUUCAGUUUCUACAACAUUUGUAGGCCAGUAUUUUUAAAUUCUUCCGCCACAUUUAUCUGUCACUGACGUUUAUUCUUUUCUAAUUUUUGAUAAUUUCUAAAGUUGUCUCAUUUAUUCAAAUGCCGACCCUGUCCCUUGCUCCGACAACAUCGUCAGCACCACGAAUACUAACGAACAUUUGAGGGAAUUCGGCACAGUGUUGCCAAUAAGACAGAGUUUUCACUGCUUUCUGGACACGAAUUUUUACAAUAAAAAUUGGGUUUUCAGAAAAAAAUCUACAUAACAAUUUUCCCGCCUGGAAACUAUUUUGUUAGGUAGAUAAAAAUGGGAGGGGGCAUGUUUUAUAGGGUUUCAUCGAAAAAAACACGAUUUUGUAUGGAAGUUGAAAGGGUGUGAAUCUUGGUAAUAAUUACAAAAUUAUUUAAUUCCUCCCUGCCUUAUCUUCUAUCGUCGAUUUCACUUUAUGAUUCGAAUUUAAUCUAAGUCUAUAACUGAAAAUCGUUUUUCAAUAAAAACCGAUAAAAUAUGUUUUCCCCCCCCCCCCUUUAAUUACCUAAUUCUACCUAACAAAAUUGUUGCCAGGUGGGAAAAAUUUUUUGAAGAGAUUUUUUUCUGGAGCCCCAAUAAUUUCCAAAAAUGAGUAUACCACGUUUUUUUUUUCAAAUCGGAAAUCCAAAUACGAUAAGAAAAAAAUUCGAUUUCCUAAUAGCAUAAUACUUCGUAAAAUUUUUCAUAAUACGUACGGCUAUUAAAUUCGUCUAUUUGGCAACACUGUUUAGAUUUUCGACUACAAGACGCUCGCCAUUAUUAUUUCGUGUUAUUUAAAUUCUUAUUAAUAUUCAUUUAACUUAACAAAACGGUUUUCAGGUGAGGAAAAAUAUCUUGAAGCGUUUAUUUUUUCUGAAUUCUAAAUAAUUAACUUUUUUUGUUAGUCAAACCUUGACUCAUAUUUUGUGAUAUAAUCCGUGGACAUAUAUUUAGUCCGAAAAGCAGUGAAAACGCUGUGUUAUUGGCAACACUGUGCCAAAUCCUCUCAAAUGUUCCUUUAGAUCUGUGAUGCUGGCGAUGACUGAAUUGUUGCGGCGUAAGCAACAGGGUCGGCAUUUGAAUUUGGGAAAAUUAUAAUUAUGGUUUUUUCAUUUAUUUUAAUUCCAACAGUUUAUUUUCAAAAACAAGUCAAGUCGAAGGUAGUAUCAGAAUUUACUUGAUCUAUGCUUGAAAUUAUUAUACAGGGUGCUCAGAAUAUAUCGACGAAUUUUUUUUUUUCGAUUCACAUUCUUCAAAUGUCUGCCGAAAUUUUUUUUAACAUUAUAAUACGGGGUUUUCCUGGAAAAUUACGCGUUUUAAAUAAAAUUCUCUCAAUAAAUAAAUCAAAUUCUCCAUAAACAAUAUUUGAUGAUCAGCUGUUGUAUUGUGAAUUCUUUCAAAAAUUUGGGAAACUUUUGAUUUUAUUUCAACAAAUUUUGGUAAUUUUUUUCCCGGCAUUCUUUCUCUUCAUAAAAUUGAGUUUUUUAUGAAAAUUUUCCAAUAAAAAACCCUUUAGAGUCAAAUGUUUUAUAGAUUUUAAAAAUGCAAUAAAAAUAGGGCGUUUUUGUGAUAUACCCGGUAUUUUUUUAAACGUAUAUUCAAGUUUAACUCAUAAAAAUAUUUUCAUAGAAAUAUUGUUAACGUAUAUGGUAAGGGUAAAUUUAAUUUGACUUAAUUUUGACAGAUUUUAAAAUUUAUUCGUUCUUUUUCAAAAAAUAAUUUUUUUCCGUAAAUAUCACUUUGAUUUUUAAUCUCUUUUGUAUAUAUAUGUUUCUUAUUUCAUCUCUAUUUCCCAUUUUUAACAAUCUCCUGCUUCUUCUAUUAUUUAUCGUUCAUUCGGUGAUUUUUACAUCCACGUGUGACAUUUUUUUCAGUCCCAUGACUUGUUGAUCUAUUUACCAAAUAUUAGGAUGUUUGUCCUACAUAAACGGUACCAAACUUAUGACAUACAACCUUAUAUAUAAUAUUUUUUGAUGCUACCGUUUUAAAACCGAAAUUAAAUAUAUUCAAAUGACAAUAACUAUUAAAAACAGGCACAUAAUAAAAUUUAUUAAUGAUAAUUUUUUUUAUUUCUAAGUUUUUAACUUGUUCUUGUAUAUGUAAACCUUUUUAUUAGUAUACGCACAAUAAAUAAGUAAGGUUAUGAUUUCUAUAAUUACAAAAAUGAACUAAAAAAAAAAGAAUAAAAUCUAGAUACAAAAAUUUAAAAAAUGAUUAAUUUAAUAUAAUUUUACUUAUAUCUAGUUAAAUUUUAUUAAACUUGAAUAUACUUUUAUAUAUUUAUUUUUUUUUCCAAUUAAAUUUAAUAAUUCAAAAUUAUUUCAGCUUCGAAAUGAUUACGGAUUAAAUAUAUUUUUCUAUUUUAAUUUAUAAGAUAUUGUAUAUCGCUAACAACAUACAAGUUUUGUUAGCAACUUGUGAUUUAUUAUAUACAGGGUGUACGUGUACAAUUUCGUUCGGUAUAUACAUCCCAAGAUUAUAACAUUUUACAUAAUCAAGAUCCAAUUAAUUCACUGUUUAUAUGAGUAUAUUAGACACCUUCGAUUUAAAAAGCACAAAAAUAAUCAAGUAGUUACCAAUUUUUUGUUCUAUUAUUAAAUAAUCGUGAUUCCAAAGUUUUGACCGCUACUGUAUAACAAUAAAAUCGAACGAAGGUUACUCUUCUUUUCCUUGUAACUUAGCUAGAUAUUUACGAAGUUUCUGACUAUGCAACCAUCGUACGAUAAGAAGAAGAUUGACAGAUGACAAUUAGAUAAACGUCUAAUUCGAUUAAUUUAACUAAUAGUUGCCACAACUACACUUAAAUAAAAAUAGAAAUCUAGUACACCCUGUGUUUUUAGUAUAAUACAGCUGCACGUGUUUAAAUAUAAUUGUUUAUUAUCAUUUGUGUGAAAUUGAUAUAUUAAUAUAAUAACAUGAACAUUCAUCCUGUGGUAGUAUUAUUUUAAAUUAGGACCUCCCAAGAUAUUAUAAACAUCAUUGCUGGAAUUAAUCCUUGCGUAUUGUAUACUUUAGAAAAAUAUAAUCGAAUCCUUUUUAAAAUAAUUGUGCUCUGCAGCUUUGAUGUAUGUUAGCUUAAGAUAUUUAUAAUGAGACCUCAAACUCGAGUGAUUUUAAUAAUUUUAAUAGAGCAGCUAAGUCAAAAGGAAAUACGCAGUUUCAUUUGGAAAUUUUGAAUUAAGAAUCGGGAAAAACAAAAAGUAUUACUAGAAAACGAGUUUCUUACCUUCUAUGAUCGCGAAAAUAUCCGACAAGAACAAUCAUUUGUAAUUUUAAAUACAUUAACACAUUAUUAACCAUUCAUACAUUGAUACAUAACUGAUAUUUUUAUAAUUUAUAAACACUAUAAGUAUUUUUAACAUAAAUCUUGGUACAUCUAAAGAACUAACAUAACCUAACACUUUAGUUAUUUAUGGCGCAAAAUCAUUAGCGGAAUUAUUUGGCAACGUUGGUUGGUAUGAGCGAGUUAGCUUCGUGUUAACGUCGAAAAAUAAGUGAAAACUGAAAACAUCAACUCCGUGCUAUAUAUUAGGAUAAUUUUAAUAGUCCAGUAAAAUUAUACGUUUAAUUUUUUGUAACUUUUUACUUAAACUUUUUUUAUAUGCUUUCGUGGCGUGGAUAUAAAAUCAAGAUACAUAAUCAAGAAAUUAUGAAAUAUACAUAUUUUUUGUAAUUAAAGAAAAUAAUGAAUAUUUGAUAAAAUAAAAAAUUUCAUUAAUAAGGUAUUUACCAUAAAAAUGUCAUUAUUAGCAACCUUAAUUGUUCAAUUGUUCAACAUUUUUUUCACCUCAUUUUCUGAAUAUAUGUAAUAAUUUCUAAUUUUAUAAUUAAUUUUUUAUUCCUCGAGUCAUCAAAAUUAAUAAAAUACUUUUCAAGCUGAAAUUUGAAAAUUAAGUAAAUUAUUCAAUUAAAUUAAUCACCUUGUAUAUAAAAAUCUUGAAAGUAUAAAAAAUCGGAAGAAAUUAAACUCGCUAAUUAAAAAUGUACUAGUAGUACAUAAUUUGACUGUACUAUAACUCUAAUUCCUGCACGCGCUCCAAAUCAUCACUCAUACAAAUCAGUGUUGCCAGAAUGUGUCAACCUUCCUGUAAUUGAUUGACAAACAUCUUUCACAAUAAGUUGACUUCGAAUUAUAAUAUGAACGAAAUUUUUCAAAUAGCAAAACUAGAAAAAUCUUAAUCUUUCCACUAUCAAUAAUAGGGUUUCGCAUUUUGUUUUAUGCAUAUGUAAAUAAAUUAAUUAUGAUAAUAUUGAAAUGAAUGGUGUGUUUGCUUAACUAUCUUUCAAAUUGUGAUAAAAACCUGGCAACACUGUUGCAAAUCGAAUGCCAAUGUUUUUAAAAAGUUGAUAGAAGACUGUAGAAAUUUGUACUUUACGAUUCAUAGUCGUAAGAAAAUCGAAUGUAUGCUUUAUUAAAACAAAUUGAAAAAGGUAAUAUCCAAGAUUGGAAAAAUGUGAGAAAAUAAAAAUGUUGUGAAAACAGAAUUUGAUUUUAAUCCUCUAGCGUAUUAAGGGAAAUAUCAAAGAAAGUAUAGGAUGUUUUCAAUCCCCGUUAAAACUCGUGGAUAUUUAUGUUUGAUGAUGUUAGUGAAGUUGUUAUUAUAAUCAUGGAUAAAGUUUUCACUCGAAUGUAUCGGGAAACAUUUUCGCAAACGUACUUAUG